AUGAGUAACGAAGAUACUCCUAACCUCUGCCAACCUACCAAGGCUAUAGUUCAUCUUUACCGACCAGCAAAGUACAAACCACAAAACGCUAGGUUACAACAUAGCGUAACUCCAGUGACCAAAAUUAACCCAAAAAAGAGAGUUACUUCAGAAUAUCGUUAUUUCAAAGAAUAUUCACGUUUCACCUUUGACAUACACCGUUCUCCAAAACAGAUUGAACGAUGGAAGCAGCUUACCACUAGUGUUUUCAGACACGAACAUAACGGUACAUCACUCAAAAAUAAACCUUUCCUGCUAAAUGAGGAUAAGGACAACGCCAAACCUUAUGUGGUCUUUAAACAGAUUUAUCACUUACCGAAAAGGACACAUGAUAAUAUAGGUUAUAUCGAACAAUAUCAUCUUGAAAGGCGUUGCAAAGCAAUGAAAGAGGGUCAUACCCACUAUACCGCUAAGGCUUUAAUCGAUACUUCAGUUUACAAUAAUUUUAUUAGAAAAAACGUGGCUGAUAAACUUGGAUUGAAGUAUGCCAAACCUUCCAAAAAUAUCUUGAAGAGAGUACCGAAUGCAUUAGGUUUUAUAGACUGUCUAGAUUUAUCUUUAAAAAUCAAAGGGGAAGAUAGUUUAGUGACAACUGAUUGUGAUGACCCCUUAAACGAUUUUGUGGUGGUCAAAGAACCCAAAGCCAAUCUUGUAUUCGGAUUAAAAUAG